AUGAAGCUCUUUGACAAAAAUAACGAUGGCCGACUGGAUCUGAAUGACCUUGCAAGGAUUUUAGCUCUUCAGGAAAAUUUUCUCCUUCAAUUUAAACUGGAUGCUUCCAGUGGAGAAGAAAGAAAAAGAGACUUUGAGAAAAUCUUUGCACACUACGAUGUGAGUAAGACAGGAGCUCUUGAAGGUCCAGAAGUUGAUGGGUUUGUAAAAGAUAUGAUGGAGCUUGUCAAGCCCAGCAUUACGGGUACAGAUCUGGAUAAAUUCCGAGAGAUCCUGCUUCAUCAUUGUGAUGUGAACAAGGAUGGGAAAAUUCAAAAAUCUGAACUUGCCUUAUGUCUGGGGAUUAAAACUACCCCAUAGGCAUUAAUAUGCUUUUUUCUAUGCUCUUAACAGCUUUUUUCUUUUCUUUUGUGAAAACGUGUGCAGACAUUUGUGAAACCUUUUUCAGUACUAUGUAAUAAUAAUCUGCCAUACGAAACUUAGAAGAUAGGCUCAUGAAGGUUAAGGAUAUUCAAUUAGCAAGUAUGUAGUCACAAGUAUGUAUUCAGAUAGAAAAUGUGAUGAGUCGCAACUGGAGCUGUGUUAUUCAAAGGAGAUAUUAUCUCUCAUAGUCUUAAACAGUUUUGAUCAAUGAGAAAGUUCUGUGGUUGCUGCCACAAGAAAAGUUUCUGCUGUUUAUUUUGCUUCUAAUGUUUCCAUUCCAACUGUGUCCUUUAUCUGGUGUUCCUUUCCUUUGCCCUUUUCUACUGUCAAGUACAGUAGAGGUAGUCCUCAACCUACAACUGUGAUAGAGCCUGCCCAUUAUGGUCAUAAGUUGCAACAUUGGAUUAUCAUGUGACCAAUCCAAUUUUAUAACUUUUUUGGUGGCAGUUGCUAAGCAAAUGCAGUUGUUAAGCGAACCCAUUGUUGCUAUGGGAUAAUUUUGCCAAAACACACAAAUAAAUACCAAUUUUCAGCAAAAAUCAUCAUAGAUCAUAGUUAUGUGGCUGUGGGACAUUGCAAACAGUCAUAAAUGUGGUCUGCUUGUUGAGUGCCCAAAAACAUGAUCACUUGGUUGAGGGGGAAGGCAGCUAUCAAAACUUUGGAACUAUGUCAUAAUUUCAAAUGAUUGCUAAUUUACCGGUUAUAAAUUGAGGAUUACCUGUAUCACCUUUGAAACUCAAACUGUGUUUUUUUUUACAUUUACAGAAAAAUAAAGCAAAGAGUUGAUAACACAGAAUACAACUCGAAUCUGUAUUAUUUAUUACAUAUCCAUAAUAUAUGGAGAUGGGUAUACUAUGUGUGAAAAUUAUUUGUCUUUUUCAUGUCCUAUCACCAAAGGCAGGAGACGACAUAGCUGGCAAUUGUGAAGGUCUGUUGGGAAGCAACAAUGAAAAGUAUUGCUU